CACGUUGGCACGCGGGUCUAUAUUUUUAUGCUGGUAGAAGUGGAAAAACAAAUAUUCGCAAAAGUUCGGCACUAUGCCAAUGCAAUUGGAUAACCUGGAACAUACGUACGACUCCUUUUCUUAAAAUAGAACUUCUUUCUGGCAACUGGGCAAGGAAGGGGAUGACAAAUGGAUAUACGGAGAAUUAA